CCAAUGUACUUAAGAAGCGAGCUGAUGAUGUAAAAAAAUUAGGGCCUUCUUCAAUGAGUUCAAAGCACAUAACAGUAAAUUCUAUUAUGAUAUAGAGGAUGACUCUGAGGGUGUUACGAAGAAUAUAUUCUAGAGUCAUGCUAGCUGCCAGGCAAACUAUGCUGAGUUUGGUGAUGUGGUUACUUUUGAUACAACAUAUAAGUGUAAUUUUUACAAAAUGCCGUUGGCGAUGUUUGUUGGGAGCAACCACCACUUGCAGAAUGUCAUUUUUGGGUUUGCACUCCUCCGUGACGAGACAGAGGAAACAUUUAAAUGGGCUUUCCAGACUUUCAAAACAUGCAUGGGAGACAAGGAACCUCAUUGCAUACUUACCGAUCAAGAUGUAGCAAUGGAAAACGCUCUUCCGCACGUGUUUCCAAACACGUUGCAUACGCUAUGCAGAUGGCAUGUAUGGGAAAGGCACAAAGUUGACUUGAAGCCACUGUUUGACUUGCAUGAUGGUUUGAAAGAUAAGCUACUAACAGCAAUAAAUCACCCACUUACCCCUCUAGAGUUUGAGUCUGCAUGGAAGGAUAUGGUGAAUGAAUAUGGCCUUGAGUCAGAUCCUACGAUCAACAGUUUGUAUGAUCAGCGUGCACGUUGGAUUGCGGCAUACUUCAAAGCUGUUUACUGUGGGAGAAUGACGUCUACGCAGCGCAGUGAAAGCAUGAACAGACUUGUGAAAAGACAUCAUGUUAACACUACGACACCUUUGCAUGAGUUUGCACGAAAAAUGUACCUAGUCUUGCAAAAGAGAAAAGAAGCAGAAGGCCGAGAGACCAUUGCAUGUCAGGCACGCCCAGCAACAAUAACAAACUACCCUCUGGAAAAUCAGUUGAGCAGGAUCUAUACCCGUGCCGUAUUCAACAAAUACAAAGAUGCAUAUGUUUAUGGAACAUCUUUCCUUACAAAGAAAGUGGAUGCUGGUCGUUUCCUUGUGGUCUAUGGUAGAGAUGGCCCGUCUUUUUCUUGGUCCCAACAUGAGUUCAAAGUGGUUUGUGAUGAAGAAAAAGAAGACUACAGAUGUGAGUGCAUGCAGUGGGAGCACACAGUGAUGACAAAUGAGCAGAUUCAGAGGCUUCCUAGCAAGUAUGUGCUAAGAAGAUACACAAGGAAUGCACGGAUUGACCCUCCUUACGACAGGAAUGACACUCUCCAAGUUGGAGCCGAUGGGACGCUAGUUAGCGUGACGCACUUUAAUAUGCUCAGGGAGGCUUUUGCCUGUGUUAGAGCAGGUGACAGAUCAACAAUUGCAUCUGUAAGAGUCAUGAAUGUGUUGAAGGAACUUAGGGCGCAGGUCAAGGAUCUGGCUGCUGAUGUAAUGCCCGUGUUUGAUGAAGGAGGUUGCAGUGCUCCAGCUGACCGUGAGAUGAUUAGUUUUAAAGCCCCGCCACUAUCGAAAACAAAGGGCUCUAGAUCAGAAGAAGGAGAAAGACAUAUCGGCGCACGUGGGCCAAAGAAGUGCACAAGAAGAUGCAGCAAAUGUGGCCUUAUGGACGGUCACAACAAGGCGUCAUGCACCAACAAACAACAAAGCAUUGCGACUGGUGGUACCAAAGGAGGCAGGGGGAGGACGGGCUGGGGGAGGGGAAGGGGAAGGGGAACUACAACUCGGCACCGUUUAAUAGAUGAGCUGGAAGAAGAUGAAGAUGAUGUGGUAGAUGGUGAAUCAUCUCGCGGAAUAGAUGAUAGCGAUUAG